CAAGGCAGACCCUGCUUAGUAAAGCUCACUACCACGAGGCCAGCCCUCCUCUCCCCGAGACCUGUAACCCCCUUAAUUCACCCCGCACCAUAUGCAAGGCUUUAAAGUAGGCCCCAGGGCUUUUCAUAUCCCCCUGGUUAAUGAUGGUUGAUUUUUGGAUGCAUUACCUGGAGUGCAAUUCUGUGUCCACUUCCUCAGCCUGGAUCCCAUUGGCUUUUAACAGGAUCGAAGCAACCCAGCUGUGAGCAUGGUUGCAGCCCAAGUGUGAUAGCAACGCAUAACCACCUGGAAGAAGGGAGCCUUCUGGUGCCUUGUACUGAAUGGAACAUAGAAAGCUGCCAUAUACUCAGUCAGCCCAUUGGUCUCUCUCGCUCAGUAUUGUCUUCACAGACUGGCAACUUGGCACUGGAAGACACCCUGGAGGAUGUUAACUUUCUUAAUGUUGAAACGGCAGACUGGUAAACAGACUGAAGCUAGCAACUGCAAUUAAAGGAGAGAUAAACAAAGGGACGAUUACCUCCACUUGCUUUACAAAUGGGAGUGAUUAAAGUAUUGGCACACUAUAGGGACAUGUAGAUCAGUUAAACAGCAGCAGCAGCAAACUAGCAGGGGAGAUGACCUACAAAUAUCUGUGAAUCAUUAAUGGUAAAUUUAGUGACCUUCCUUUGCCCAAGACGAUCCACAGCAAACCUGGUAAGGAGGGAAAUGAUGACAUUACUGUUUAUGCUUCUGUCAGUUUCUAAUCUGCUUGACAAAUCCAAUGCUACAAUUUCCUUUCUUUAUCUCCGAGUGGGGUAUAGAUAGCCUCUCACUGUUUGCUCUUACAAAAUUUAUUGUCUCCUUCAAAGUUCCCAUGGUCUGCAUGGAACUUCAGACACAAAACAGCCAAUUUCUGUUUCAGCACGUUCCUGAUUUCAACAACCGUUACUAAGUCUCAUCGAUGAAUUCAGCUUUUUCUUAAGGCUGCACAAUUGGCCAGGAACAUCUCCUGCACAGCCCAAUUAAUUUUGGCAGAGACUGCUCAAGAAUAGUGUGGCAGGUAUCUAAAAUGUUUGAAUCACAUGGAUCAUCUGAAGUUUGGAGAAAGAGAAGUGUCAGUUAUACUCCACAUACGCCUCCCCACACCCCAGCCAAGACUUUAAAGUACCCCUGGCUGAAAAUCUCGGGGGUAGGAUAGGACAUGCUGCUGGAGGAGUGUGGCAACUAACAGAAUUUAGGAUGCAGUGAGACAAGAGAGGAAAAGCAUUGCUGCUUGUGAACUGGGGUGCUGGAGAAGACUUUUGAGGAUGCCAUGGACAGCCAGGAAAACAAACCAAUGGGUCAUGGAACAAAUCCAUCCAGAAUUCUCACUCAAAGCACAAAUGACCAGGCUCAAACUAUCCUAUUUUGGACACAUGAUGUGAAGACCACCCAGCUCCCUUGAGAAAGGAGUCCAUCAUGCUGGGGAGAGUGGAAGGAAAGAGAAGAAGAGGACGACCAGCAGCAAGGGGGAUGGGCUCGAUGACGACAGCAACGGAUGCACCACUGAGAGACCUGAAAGGCCACGUUGCAGACAGAUCAUCCUGGAGAGGAUCUAUCUAUGUGGUCGCUAAGAGUCAACACAGUCUUGACAGCACUUAAUCAAUCAGAGUACCUGGAGCUGCAAUACUUGGCAGCUGAGAAUGGCGCAACAGGUGUGGAGCUUGACCUCGAAUUCACCGCUGAUGGCUACCCUAUCUUGAUGCAUGAUGACACAGUAGACAGGACCACUGAUGGGUCUGGAAGCUUGCGUGAAUUGACCUUUGCUGAGGUUAGGAGAUUUAAUCCAGCUGCUAAACACAGAUUAUGGAGAGAUUACCGUGGGGAGAAAGUGCCGACGCUGAAAGAAGCCGUCGUGGAAAGUAUGCAUUACAACCUCAUCAUCUACUUUGAUGUCAAGGGCAAUGCAGAUAAGGCAGUCACAGCCCUCAGACACCUCUACCUAGAAUAUCCUCGGCUGUACAACACCAGCAUUGUAUGUUCUUUUAUGCCAGAUGUGGUCUAUAAGAUGAGGCAAGCCGACAAGAACGUGGUCACAGCUCUGACCCACAGACCGUGGAGCUUCAGCCACCUGGGAGAUGGGACCCCUCGCUACAAGUCCCUCUGGAGACACUAUUUAGCCCUGGUGAUGGACGUCAUCUUGGACUGGAGCAUGCACAAUUUCCUGUGGCAGUUAUGUGGCACUUCCAUUUUUCUGGUGCAGAAAAAUUUCGUUUCACAGGACUACGUGCGGCAGUGGACUGCCAAAGGAGUGCAUGUGGUGGCUUGGACAGUCAACACCUUUGCAGAAAAGAUGUACUAUGAAAACGUCCUCCAGACCAGCUACAUCACCGACAGCUUCCUCGAGGACUGUGACCCUCACUACUAGUUUCCAGCCUUUCCUGGACUUCUCUGGGUUUGCUGCGUUAGGCAGCUUGAAUGUCAUUGGGAAUGGAAUGUCAAGGGUGCAUUUGAUCACGGGCGCACUGCAUGAUCCAAGGGCCAGUUGGAUCGGAAUGUCUCACGGUGCUGGUCAGAGACUCAAAUUCUUGAUCCAGAAGAAGAAGAAAUGGGUGUGCAGCCUAUAAGUACAGACUGAAUAGAGUUAACUGACUUGGUGACAAUCUAUAUGCCUAAGAUUUACACUUUUUGUGUAGAACUAAGUCUUGCAGUUAAGCCUUCUGAUAUCACUGGCAUGACUUGGAACCCAUUAAUCAAACUGUGCUUACAGAAGGAGUAGCAUAGGUGCUUGCCAUGGCAGUCCAGGACCAGGCCUGAAGACAGCAGCAUCCUUUCCGAGGGGCACAUGCAGUCAUUAAGGGACAUGUGCUCAGAUUCAAGACAGGGAAACAGUCUGAGAAAAUGCAACAGGCUGGAUUAAAAUGUAGGGGUGGUGAGGGGGUAUUUUGCAGGCACACGUGGGGAGCAGCUGAUAGCAGGGAAGACCACCAGAUGCAGCUCUUCUACAAACCCAUUCCAAAGUCCAGUUUGGUACUUGUGCUGCAUCUUUUUGAAGCAAUCCUAUACACAUGCAGAUCUAUAUUGAAAAUUGUCGCCCAUGCAGUGCUUUCAGGGGUUGCUCUUAUGAGCAUGAUCAGAGAGUGGGUUUUGUGGCAAUCAGGUCCUGUCUGCAGAUUUAUUCUUAAUAAAUGUAUGAGAAUGACCAAUUCCAAAGUAACUUUUUCAUCGGCACUCAGGAUUACUAAAAAAAACCAAAACCCCCAAAACUAUGCUGUGAGCAUUAUAUGCUACAACAGCAGAGCCUGUAGUUAUGAAGCUUUCUGUAUCGCUGCUCCAAAACAGGAAACAGGCAAAAAGGAAAUAACUUUACCAUUUAUGGCAGGAGACAUAGGGAAUAAAAUAUCUGACAGAAAAGGUGCAGAAAACAUGAGCACCUGAAGUAAAUCCAGAGCAGACAUUUUAAAAAGCAUAAGUACCAGAACAAAUCUUAGACACACUCUGUAAAAAAUUAACUUUUUAAAAAGGAAGAAACCAGUGCAGUAAGUGUCUCAUGCAGCUGAGCAGAGCGAAACCCCCUGAUUUAGAUAGAUGCAAUCAUGAGUCUGGCAACUAGGCACCCAACAAGCCCUCUUGUUUGCAGUUCAAAUUGCUAGUUUGGCUGGGGGCAGAGACUGGGCCAGCUGGGGGUUGAAAUGGCCACUAAUAAGCAGGCCCUUGUCAGCUGCAUAACCCGUACAGCUGCAAAUUCUCAGAUAAAAUACGCCUCUGUUUACAAAGCAUUACAACUUGUUUUGCAAAUGAUGUAACCUCAGCAGUUGUUCCAUAAACGGUUUAAAACUGAAGAGCAAUUAAGUAAGGAAUGUUAUUGUACCUAUUUUGCCAUUGUGACACAACACGCACGAGUUGGUUUUAUCAUUGUAUAAUUUCUGUUUUAAAAAAAAUACUCUGAUUGGAACAGCAAAAAUAAAGAAGUUCAGGUAGAA